GCCUCGAGUCAGAAAUGGCUUCUGCUCUUGUCCUUGUCCUUCUCAUUCGCGCUCUCGGCUUGAAUAAUUCUAUGAAGGCGGAGUUUGCGAGCAAAGUGUACGAGACGAACGCGUUGAUUUGGUCAAACGACGUGCCGGAACACGAUGCAACCGCGAAGCAUAUAUCAUAGCGACAGACUACAUACAAGGCGACACCGUGACGACCAGCAAAUGUGCGCCU